AUGGCGGCGGAGGCGGCGGUGUGCAGGUCGGUGUGGGACGGUGCGAUCCCCGUGCGGGUGGUGCUGGACAGCAAGGAAGUCGCCGUGUCGUGCCCGCCCGACGCGCUCUACGUGAGAUGCCAUGCAUGGGAGCGCGCACGGGAAGGAGCGCACGGGAAGGCGCACGGGAAGGCGCACGGGAAGGCGCACGGGAAGGCGCAUGGGUGGAUGCGUCUCAUGGUGCGACGCAUGUCGUUCCUGCCCCUACUCGUGCCCGCCCUCGCAGCGCACUUCCACCCCUUCCUGCCGCCCGGCCACGACACCGUGUGGCUCGACUUCAACGGCCUACCCCUUAAAUGGAACAUCUGGAGUGGAGUGCUCUACGACCUGCUGUGCCCCGAGCAACAGCUGCCCUGGAACCUCACGGUGCACUUCCGCUCGUACCCAUCAGACGUGCUGCUGCCAUUGGACCACCCUGACACGCUCCCUCACACCUACAUGCACGCGCUCAAGCAGGCAGUGAGUGUGCUACAGGGCAGUGUCAAGGCCAUAAUGCAGCUAUCCCAGGCCGACCAAUCGCACCUCUGGGCUGCCGUUGCCUCAGGCGAUCUGGAGUCAUUCCAGCGACUGCUAUCGCUCCUCAACAUCCCUCUCUUCCUCCCACCGCUCUCCAUCUCCUCCUCCCGCUCUCUGCGCUCGCUUGCCCUCCAGCACUCCACGCACCCUCUCAGUGCCUCGCAAGCCCCCAGUCAAGCGUCCACCUCGCCACCUCUCCCACCUGUCCCCAUGCGCCUGCUCCUGCGCCGGGGAGUGCAACCCUCCACCCCCCCCUCCACCGCUGCUCCGAUCCACCACCACCGCCACAGCACAGCAGGCGCGGCCAUAGAAGCAGGCGCACCAGCGGGAGGGGGGGGGUUGGUGGCGGAGGUGGGGGAGGUGAGGAGCUGGCGCGAUGUGGAGAUGGGCAUGCACGUGCUGCCAGGGGGGGGUGCGGAGCAUGCAGGAGGGCAGGCAGGCACUGCAGUGGAAGGUACUGGGAGGAGUGCAGGGCAGUGGAUUUUGCAUGGGAGAAGGGGAGGAGUGGCCACAGGAUGGUGUGAAUGGACGGGCACAGCCUGCUCAUGCUUAUCUGACCAUUCACCAUCACAUCCCCGUGAUUCACUGCGCCCUCCCUCGCCCGUCCCCCCCACAGAGGUUACCAUUGGAGCUGCUCUUGCAGUGGCGCUGCCCCAGCUCGCCUCGUGCUUCGCCCCCCUGCCUGUGCGCGGCAUGCCCCAAAUGCCCGCUGCUGCUCAGGGCAGUGCAGCGGCGGAUGAUGGGGCAAUUGGAGGGGAGAGGGACGAAGGAGAAGAGAGCAGUGAGCGAGAGCAGCAAGGCGCAGGGAGGGAGCUUGUAAAUGAUCAGCAAGGGCAGGUGGUGCAGCGAGCAGCAGAGGGGGAGGCUAGGGCUGCUGCUGCCAGUGCUCCAGACGCGUCUCUCUUCGAUUCGUGUUCCGGAGCCUUCCCCAGCGACCAUCACCAUCAACAUCACCAAUUCCCGUCCCGCGAUUCCUUCUCCGCCGACCAGCCCAUUCCCCACGCCGUCGCCGCUCCCCUCUCGCCCGUCGCCGCUCCCUGCUCGCUCGUGCGCCACCCGUGCCCGUCGCAGCAGCUGCACCCGCCGCCCGCUCUCACCGCGGCAUCCGCCUUGUCCCUCCCCCGGGGCCCCGCCUCCCUCAUUUCCGCCGCGGCCCUUCCCCAGACAUUCGUGUGCGCCAGCAGCAACGGCAGCGGGGGCGCGGGAGGACGGGAGCAGUCGGGGGAAGGCGGGAAUGGUGCGGAACAGUUCGAGCAGCCACCCCGCGGCGCAGCGGCGCCGCUGCACGGCGGCGUCGUGCCGCCGCCCGCGAUGGCCUCCGCCAAUUCGGACGCGCACAGCUACGCGCGCGCAGCUGCUCCGCGCGGGAACGCUUGCCGACCCGCGGACCUGACGGGGCGACUGGCGGCGGUGCUCAAGGGACUGGCGGAGGGCGCGCGCGACGGGAACAGACGCGCGGCGGAACUUACGCGAAGUGACGGGCGGGACGGGGCGGAGGUGCGGGGAGACGCAUGGGGGGCGACGGGGGCAAAGAGGGACGUGGAUGGGCGGCGGGGCUGGCGUGAGGCGCGGAACGGCGAGGGAGAGGGGGAGCGGCGGAAGAGGACGUGCGUGGGGAGCACGGGGAGAGAGGGCGAGCAGAAUGGAGGUGCGCGCGUGGGCGGGGCGGCGGUGGUGUGCGCAGCGCAAGGGGGGGUAGCAGCAGCAGUGGCGGCGGUGGAGGCGGAGGCAGCAGGUAUGGCGGAACAGGCAGCGGCGCUGGCAGGCGCAGCAGCACAGGAGGGCGUGGCGCUGCUGGCACACGCUCAGGCGGUGGCAGCAGAGGGACGGGCAGUGCACAGACGGGGAGAGGGAGAGUCAGGGCAGACGGGGCGGUCAGCGCGGGAGCCUCGUGAGGAGGAGCAGCAAGAGGGCAUGCGGGGCGAGACGGCGCUGAGUCUCGCGCACACACGAAGCGCAGCAGCAGCAGCAGUGGGGGGGGAAACAACUGCACUGUGGUUCACUCCGCCCUUGUCCCGGCGCCUGCAGGUGUCGUGGGCGGGUGAUGGCGUGGCAGCGGGCAUGAUGGGGGGCGCGCAGCAGGAGGCGGAGGCAGUGCGCGUGAGGAACCUGGUGAUGGCACUGGGGGAGGCGCACGCCACUCAGGACACUCUGCGGUUGCGCUGUUUCACACGGCGCCUGCAGCAGCAGGCGAGCGCACAGGGGACGGCCGCACAGCGCGUGGCAUGGCUGUUCCUGGCCGCCCUGCAUGCUCGCUCCCAGGGCUGUGCUGCUGUCACAUGGCUAGACCCCGUGGUCGUGGAUGGACAGGCACUGGCGCAGGCGCCACCGACGUACGGGCCGGUGGAGUGGGCGCUGUACAGCUUCGUGAAUGUCGCUGCUGCCACCGAGCUCUCCCUCGCUCUCUCGCGCGCGUGGGGCGACGCAGGCGCGCAGAAGGGCGUGGGGCCCGUGGGGGCCAUGGGUGACUGUGGUACGGUGGGUGGCGAGGGUGGUCGGGAAGCAUCCAUACUGCUGGAUGCAGGCAGCAGCAGCAGCAGCAGCAGCAGCGGCAGCGGCAGCGGCAGCGGCAGCAGCAGCAAGCGGCAUGUGCACAUCAUAGUGUUCGGCUGCCCGGACGUGUCCCAGUGGGUAUCCCUGCUGCACCGCAUCUCCAUGGAACACUCCCCACCCACCACCACCUCACCACACUCCUCCCCCUCCGCACCAUCACAUGCAGCCCCCCCCACCCCCCAUGUCCACGUGCAUGUGACGUGCAUAGACCUGGAGGUGGUGCGCAUGGCGGGCAUGGCAGCCGGGCAGCUGCAGCAGGUGGGGCAGGUGCUGGCGGGCAUAGCGGACAUGGUGGGGUUAGGGUUCUCCUUCCACGCCCUCCACGUGCACGCCCACGAGUUCUCCCCCCACAUGGUGCACGCUGGGCGACGCCACAGGCGGCCACCAGGGACCAUGGGGACUGGGGGAGUGGCAGAGGAGGGUUGUGGAUCGAGAGAAGGGGCGUGUGUGGAGGACAGUGCUGGGGAGAGGAGUGCGGAGGAGGGGAAGGAAGAGGGGGAGGAGGACGUGUUGGUGUGUUGCUGUUGGAGCAUGAUGGCGUUUCCAGAUGCCACGGUGCUGAGGAGCAAUCCCAGGGAUGCCAUCAUCAAAUGGAUGCACAGCCUGCGGCCGCGCCUGGUACUACUGUCGGAGCUGGACGCGCGCCUCAACACGCCCUUCUUCCUCGCGCGCUUCCAUGAGGCGCUGCGCUUCUUCCCCGCCUUCCUCGACGCGCUCUACCACACCGUGCCGCCCGCCUCGCCACUGCGCGCGCUGCUGCAGGGCAUGCUGCUGCGCAAGCUGGUCAAUUGUGUGGGGUGCGAGGGCGCGCAGAGAGUGGUGCGGCCCGAGAGCAUGGAGCAGUGGCAGGAGCGCAUGGAGCGCCUGGGGUUUGAGCGCGUGGCGCUGAGUGACGAGACGGUAGGGAACAUGCGCACGCUCACAGAGUGCAAGGAUGGGCGGUUUGGGAUUCAGGAUGCACGUGGGGCUGCUCGGCUCACAUGGAAGGGAAGCCCUAUUAUGGCUGUCGGUGCAUGGAGGGCUGUGUGA